AUAAUAAAAUGUGGAAUAAAUUCAAUAAAUUUCUCCAAGAUGUGCCGUUAAUUGUUAUUGUUUUGAAUGUCGAACUAUAAAUUAUUAAGUUGUCGAGUCACAAAGUUAAUACAUAGGCGUUUUUAUAUCGAAGGUAUAGAGAGAUAAGAUGCCGUCAACCCACCUAAAUCUCCGAGAAGAUGACGUUGUCCGUUUGUCACUCGAGUUCCUCCAUAACAGAGACCUUCACAUCACACAGCUUUCCUUAGAAAGAGAAACCGGCGUAAUAAACGGCAACUACGCAGAUGACGUUUUGUUUUUGAGACAGCUAAUCCUUGAUGGACAAUGGGAUGAUGUGUUGGAAUUUAUUCAACCGCUUAGUGCACUUAAAACGUUCGAAGCAAACAAGUUUAAUUAUGCUAUAUUGAGACACAAAUACAUAGAAUUAUUAUGCAUAAGGUCUGAAAUUAAAGCCUAUAACAACGUCGAGAACAUUGUUGAAGAAGUUGUUAAGGUAUUGAGUGAAUUAGAAAAAAUAGCCCCAUCGAAAGAAGAAUAUUCCAAUUUAUGUUUGUUAUUGACAUUGCCGAGUAUAACCGAUCAUGCUCAGUUUAAAAAAUGGAAUCCAAGCAAUGCGCGUGUUCAAUGUUUCAGAGAAGUAUAUCCGCUGGUCGAGCAGUUUUUGCCUUGCGAUAAAAAAUCAUCGAGCGGCACCAUAUCAAAGUGCGCCAAGAAUGAUCGGCUAAUGCAAUUGUUAAUCAAGGGAAUAUUGUAUGAAUCUUGCGUGAACUAUUGCCAAGCUAAAGCAACUGGAUCAAAGGAAGCACAGUCGAACGACGUUACGUUUUCAAGGCUCCUUGACGGCUCAGGAUUUGAUGAAUCCGAUUUGAGCUUACUGUCAUGGCUACAGUCGAUUCCAGCAGAAACGUUCAGUGUACCGUUCGAACAAAGAAUGUUAAAUGUUGAUGUAGAAAAACUAGAACGGCCUUCAUUGCACACGUCAUGGACUGAACACAUGCUCGUCACGCCUAUUAAGCCGCGGACAUUCCCACAUUUGGCUAUGCCGUUCAGACGGCCACGCUCAGCAGCGGACGCUAUGACUAGGUCAUUACGUCCACUUCCUGACGGUGCACCGAGACAUCCCGCUCUCAUGGCACUUUCGGCCAUAGAUUAUGGUCCUUCGUCAUCAUGUUUUGCCGGAUUUCAUUUAACCGGAAUAAAAGGCAGUAAGCUGAUGAAUACGUCUGUGGAUAGGCUAUUCGACAGUCCAACUGGGGACGGCAUAUUUGAAGACCUCAAUGAUACUCUGAAGCCUAUCGCUGAGCAAGUGAAAUUGUCCGAAGAUAGUCCGCCCGCGAAACUAAAUGAAGGUAGUAGCAUCGGUGCGUCUAACGCCACGACACCUGAACACAGAGCCCAAGAUUACUCUGCGUCAACGUCAGUUUCGAACACUGCGGCUUCGACUGAACGCUCAUCGCUCGCGGAGCGUGCGCCGCCGAGAGUCGAGCAUGCGGUCGUACACGCUACGGAUGGUGAUUUCAGACGCGACUUGCUUAAAGAAUAUCAAAUACAAAAGCAACGCGAGUGUGACGACUACAUCAGAAAUCUCUGUUCGUCUGAAUCGAGGCAACCGAAAUCAAUGGAGCAAGUAACCGAUGCCCCAGCCGGAUUUUCGACAGCUGCCAAGAGUCAACAACAAUUCGCCAACAGACCGCCAAUUGAGGAAAAGCCCAGGGAACAAAUGCUUUACGGCAGGAAUCAGCGAAGUGAAAUCAGUGAAUCGUCAGACGUGGGAGAACCCUCUACGAUGCAGACAAGAAAUGGCGGCCCACAAUCAUCUACUCCUGUCCCAGGUCCGACAGCUGUAGGGAUUGAAUCCAGUGAUUCAAGACCGACUUUCAAGCCCGUGACAGUGCUUGAGGAUUUGCAGGCGGUCCGGUGUGCCGAAUUCCAUCCCAACGGGAAGCUGUACGCUGUUGGCUCGAACACCAAAACGUUAAGGAUAUGUUCGUAUCCGAAGAUCGAGGAUGUCAAGGACAACAGCGCUCCCACAGCGCCGACGGUGCUUCUCAAAAGAACCAAACACCACAAGGGGAGUAUUUACUGCCUCGCAUGGAGUCCCGCUGGUGAUCUACUAGCCACAGGCUCUAAUGAUAAAACCGUAAAAUUAAUGGCGUUCAACACGCACGCUUGCAAUUUGGAAGGACAAGAGGUGGAAUUGACGGUACACGACGGUACUGUCCGCGACGUGUGCUUCAUCGAGGACACGACAAACAAGACCAGUCUGCUGGUGAGCGGCGGAGCCGGCGACUGCAAGAUAUACGUCACCGAUUGCAUCAUAGGGAAGACCUUCCAGGCGCUAAGCGGCCAUUCGGGUCACGUUUUAUCGCUGUAUAACUGGGGUGGUGCAAUGUUCGUGUCUGGCAGUCAGGAUAAGACAGUGCGUUUCUGGGAUCUCCGCACCGGGGGUUGUGUCAACAUAAUAUCCCCACCAGCGGGUCAGCCUAGUAAGGGUUCAGCGGUCGCGUCACUCGCGGUCGACCCGAGCGGGCGGCUGCUGGUGUGCGGACACGAUGACGGAACUUGCGCGCUACACGACGUACGGGGUUCGAGGGCCCUGCAGCGUUUCACGCCGCACUCGAGCGACGUCCGUAGCGUUCGUUUCUCUCCCGGCGCGUACUAUCUGCUGACUGCCGGCUACGACGGCAGGGUCGUGCUUGCCGAUUUGCAAGGCGAUUUGACUUGUCCGUUGCCAAGCGUGCCCGUCGCUCGACAUCCGGACAAAGUGAUCUCGGCCCGAUGGCAUCCCGACGACUUCUCGUUUCUAUCGACCUCGGCCGACAAGACGGCCGUGCUGUGGACCAUACCGCCGGUCUAAUAACGAUACGAUUAUUAACAUCGGAGCUGACACUACGGGUUUCUCGAAUCGUAGCGAGAGUAUUGUGUGCGUUCAUUUUCCCGAAAACGUAUCGUACGAUCGCCCACUCAUAUUACGAUAGACGAUAAACAUGACUUCGAUCCGAUAUUCUCGUUUGUAAACAUUCGUGAAACUCGGCUUGUGUAAAACAGCCAUUUUAGGAUCUUAUAAAGAAUAAUAAAGAAGUUGCUUGUAAAACAAUGAAAAUUAGUUAAUCUCGAAAGCAAAGGUGCCGUUGGUUGAUAAUUUGAUAUAAGCAAUCAUUACAAAAAAAAGUGGCUUUAAAAAAAUUUCUAUUUCGUGUUAAAUUUGAUUGGUAUAAAGUUUAUCGAUGUUUACGAAAACGCUUUAAAAUCUUACUUUCUUCUUUUUUUUUCAUCAUCCUUUAGUAGUCGUAUGUAUUUUCAUUUAUACUUCCUUCCAAAUCGACGUUUUUUCCAUUACACUAAAUAAAGGUUUCUAGAUUAUCUGAUUGGAAAAUUGGUGAUGUAUCGUAAUAAUAUGAGGUGAAUUUUCGAAAAAUGACGAUGAAUGUAGGUACAUUAAAUAAUCGUGUGCAGUUUGCUUGUCGAUUUAAUUUGUGUCGUGCCUCGAAUGAUGCGGUCAUGAAUCUUUGUUUACGAAUAGUUCGAUGCUUUAGGCUGCAUCGAAUUUCAUACGAUUACGUUGCUAAAGUCGUUGAUCAAAGAAUAUUCUAUUCAACGGGAAAUAUUGACUAAAGCCCGGCUCUCACAGAGUUUUGUUUGCUUACUUAAAAGCCCCAUUAUUUUCCGGCAAAUAAAAAAAAAAUAUUCCAAAAAUAAUCAUCAUAGUCUUAUAACGUUAGCUCGCACCAAACACAACUGCACUUAUCACCGUCUUACACUAUUUUCGCAUGAAUUAAGAUAUUUAAAUUCUUCAGAGCAACUAAUAAUAUUAUUUCGAAUAAACGGAUCCAGACUUUUAAAACAAAAAAAAAAUCUAUUCAUAUUCAUUCCACUACAUAAGAAAACGCAUUUUAGCUUAACAGUUAAUAAAGCGCCCUUAAAAGUUUUUAAACGAACGAACCACGAUUAAAGUUUUUUCAUAAAGAAAAUUGCACUUUGCAAUUCAAUUUGUUUCAUAAGGAGCCGUAAUAUUCCAGUUUGUAAAAUCUACUUUCAAGACUAAUGCGAGUUCAUUAACUACUCGUCUGCAGAUGAAAGAAGAUUCUCGGAGGGCUAAGCUGUAUUCACUUUGAGGGUCAAAACUUAAAAAAAAAGCUUUAAAUCUUUUCUAUCUCGUCUAUUUACAUAUGUGGACUGUUAAAGUGAUGAUUGUCACAAAACUUAAUUAUACGUAAAUAAUUGUAUGCGUGUUAUUAUAUAUCUGUAUCUAAACAACAUUUUUUUUUCUUUUUCAAUUUCAUAGUUGUACUUGUUUGAGCGCGCAUUGUAUAACGAAAUUUAGCAGUAUGUUAUCCCACAGAAGAUAUUAUGUGUGUUUUCAAUACACAUAAUGUUUUUUCAUGAUGCACGUGCGGUAACAUCAAAGAAGUACAACUUCUGACGUUCGUGUCACAAAAAAAAAUAGAUUAAUUUUAUUUCUUUUAUGAUUUAAUUAUUAUAAUUAUUUAUUUAGUGUACUAAUUAUUUUUAACAUUAAGUAAUUGAUGAAUAGUGUACAUUAAGAUUUAAAAAAAAUUCACAAAUAUAGUUUUUACCUGAAUUAAUCGAAGGUAUCUCGAAGGAGACAUGAGACAAUAGAAAUAGUUGACACCAUUUUAUCUGUAGUGUUGUUUCUUUUUCCGAGUAUAAAAAUCGUAUCAUUAGAAGAUAUGAUAGUUUUAUCUGAAAGAUUAAAAAAUAUUAUUUUCACAAACACUGACCUUAAUCGAUUAAUAGUUAUUUACAUUUAUCAUAAUAUAUUAUCGAAUGACUUUGUUUUCGAUCCGAAGACUUUUGUUGUUUACAACAAAGAGAUUUUUAAUUCUGUAUUGAUUUAGCCAUGACAUUUUUUUUUUAAUUUUAAAAUAACGUUAUUUAAAUUGACUUUUUAAUUCUAAUUGUAUCGAUCAAAAGAGAAUGUGAUUAGUAUUCGACACUCGGUUUUCAGUUCGGGUGUGAUAUGUUACUGUCCCUUAGAAUUAAUAAAAAAAUAAUUAUAAUGAUUUGUGUGACCUUUCUUCUCCAGUUAAUUUUUCGAUUAAGGUGAAAAGUAAAUUAAUCGAUACGUAAUUAAUUAUUUUCAUGAACAAAACACCGAUGUUGACUUGACGUACCCUCGUAGUUUUUAAGAACUCCACUGGUGAAUGUAAUUAAUGUAAAUCUUAAUGAAUAUAACGUUACUUAAUUAUAAUUAAAAUUUAAUUAGGCCACGCGAGACACUGCGCAAAUGUUUACGAUAAAUACGCAUUGUCUAUAUAAAAUAUAUAUUUUUUGUGCUUCUUUAUUAUUUAAAUUAUACUUAAUAGUGUCCUGUUAAGAAAAAAAUGAUGUUGUAUUUAUUGUUCGUUUUGUGCUUUGUCUGCUUUGAAUAAUGAUGUUAUGUAUUAAAAUUUUAUUUACUGAAUAUUAAAUAUAAAUUAAAUUUUUGUAUGUAAUAACGAAAGUAAAUCGUUCAGAUAGCAUGAGUGUAACGAUCGAAAUAUGUAAUUUUAUAAUGUUGUUAAAACCGAAUUUCUUUAACAAAUUUGUAUCCAUUAUCAAUUAAGAAUAUUAAUCAUUUUAUUUACGAUAUUGUUUUUCAUUUCG